AUGGAUGACCUCCGUAAAAGAGAGACUACAGCUGAAACGAAAAGCGACCACUCAAGGACGACCAAGACGGCCAGGCCUGAAAAUGACCCCAAGAAAGCCGAUAAAAUCGACGGCCCAGAAGCGGAGCGCACUACUGAAACGACCACACCUAGUGCCGACUCUAAAAAACACCACAAAAACGAGGCUCCAGAUGAUUUUGCCAAAAGGCACAGCACCGGUUCACCCGAAGAUGUGAAGCGUCCCAAGGAACCUGAAGAAAAACCUCAUUCAACAACGAGAAACGUCACUGAGAAUACUAAGCGCACAGAUGGCUCCAGAAGACCUCCACUCAGAGGCGAUCGCUCAUCAACGAACCGUACAACUGAAGCAACCAAGGCUCCAGAUGAUCCCCAACGAAGCGAAGAUUCAGCGAAGCCUGAGAAUGACGAUAUUUCACCGAAGCGAGUUAACAAGCCAGAAGAGCACCACAUGACUCUGAUGAACCGAAAAAUGACGAUCCAUCGACAACGAAGCGCACUACCACACUCAAAGAGCACCAGGAUGGUCCUGAAAAGCCUAAAAAUGGGUCCGCAAGAUGAUUCCGGGAGGCCUGAGAAUGGUCAUCAUUCAACAAGGAAGAACAGCACCGAUCCCAGACAUACUCACGACCCCAAGUGGUCCAGGGAUGGAGACCAUGUUACAACGAAGGCCUCUACUGAAGCAAAUAGAUCUGCGAAUGAUCCUGAAGAGCCUGAGGGUGAUCAUCAUUCAACAGAAAUCACCGUCACCGUCCAUAACCACACGGGCGAUCCUGAGGGGCCUAUGAAAGAGGACAAGACUACAGCGAAGAACAUCACGGAAAGGCCCACAUAUGGUCAUGAAGAACCUGCGAAUAUUCUUCAUUCAACAGAGAAACACCCUCACAUAGAGGAGCUGCAAGAUGGUACCGGAAGGCCUGAGAAUGCUCGUCUUUCAACAGAGGAACACCCUGAUGUGAAGAGUUCAACAGAGGAGCACCCUGAUGUGAAGAACGAGCAUACUUCAGAAAAGCCUGAGAAGCAAACAACCAAACCAGCGGAGCGCGUUGAUAGUUCGGGAAGGCCCGGUAACAACUCCCACACAAUCACUACGACUACUGAAAAGUCGAAGCAUCCAGGCGGAAAUGAACAACCAAACGUUUCCAAAGAGCCCACAGACAACAGCUAUUCCACACCGACAUUCCAACAUCACAAUGAGACAGUGAGCACAGGAAAACCGAAACAUGAUGAUCCAGACGUUUCUCAGGAGCCUACACUGGGCGGCAGUUCCCCAUCGAAGGACACCGGUAAUGGAACCGAGCCCACAGGCGGUUCUAAAGAGCCUGGGACAUCGGAGCCUGAGCGCACAAGCGAUUCUUCAGCACACACCAGUGAUGGUCCAUCCGCUGAAGAGAACACCACGGUUAACCCAACUGAGCCCAAAAAUGGUGAUGAUCUUUCAAAAGUGAACAUUUCGGAGUCCAGUUCACAUGGGCCUACAGACACUUCCGGAAACCCUAUGACACAAGAGCCCACGGACAACAGUUAUUCAACACCGAAAAGAACUAUCGGAACCGCUGACUCAACAGACGGGUCUACACGGCCUGGGAAGGGAGACUACUCAUCAACGAUGAACUCAACGAAAUCGCCCGACCGCAUAAACGGUUCUACGGUACCUACCAGAGAGGGUCCGUUGGCCGAAGAGAACACCACAAAACCAAAACCCACGGGACAGAACACCACCAGGGGACAUCACUAUGUGACAGUUGGCACAGGAAACCCGGAGAAUGAUGAGAGUUCCCCAGGAAAUGAACAGCCAAACGUUUCCAAGGAGCCCGCAGAGAACAGCUCCACACCGAACAGAACUAACGGAAAUGCUGACCCAACGGAAGGCUCCAGACGGCCUGGGGAAGGAGACUACUCAUCAACGACAAACUCAACGAAAUCGCCCGAGUACACAAACGAUUCUACAGUACCUACCAGAGGGAGUCCGUUGGCUGAUAAUAACACCACAGAACCAAAACCCGCGGGAAAAAUGCCACCAGAUUCCAUCACAAUGCGACAGUGA